AGGUUCAAAGCAUAUGUGAAAAAGGAUUACAUGUGGGCCAGUCCAAAAUAACAAUUCUUGGCAGUCCUUCCAUGGGUAUCUAUCUUUCUAGGUAUGCUGAUUUAUUACAAGCUAAUCCUUUGGAAGCAGGAGCAAUGGGUGAUGUUGUUAUUUUUAAAAUAAUGAAGGGUAAAAUAAAGAGUAUAUACGACCCCAUGGGUGUAAAAAGUUUGGAACCCAUGUCAAAUAAAAGUGCUUUGGACCCCACACCAAAGCAUGAAUGUCAUGUGUCGAAGAACGUCAGUAGGAUUACAUCACUUUUGGCUUACAGAGCCUAUGAACUUACUCAGUAUUAUUUUUAUGAGUAUGGCUUUGAUGAGCUAAGGCGGAGACCAAGACACGUUUGUCCGUAUGCAGUUGUGUCUUUUAUUUACAAAGAUGAUAUACAAACUCUGAAGUUUGUAACUUCCUCAAGGUAAGACUUAAGAG